AUGGGGCAGGGACGAAGUGCCAAAAGUGUUAGCAACUUUGCCACAUUUCUGUUGAUUUUCCUCGCACAAAACUGUGGUACGGCACGCAGCCACGGGCGUGAUGGAUUAGCAAAGUUGGAGUUUAGCGGCCCGGUUCUCCCUGUUUUUAAUUUUGCAAAAAUAUACGAAACUUUGUGUGCACAACUGCCACUGCCACUGUCGACCACGCCAUCUCCUCCUCCCGAGGUCAAAGGGCGCGACCUCGUCCGGGGGAAGCCCAUGUUCCAUGUUUUCGAUCAACUGCAGCAGGACUUUGAGACGAAAUGGCGGCGCACUACCACAGUGAAACCCUUCAGUAUCCUUCAGCACUUGGACUGGGAGCAGGAGCAGCAGGCUCAGCGGCUGCAGGCUCAUCCAAACACUAGUUUUCACAUCCUGCAAGAGUUGUACAAGGAUCAAAAGGCUUAUGAGCUCAAGACCACAACCGUAAAGCCCUUUCUUGUACUGCAAAAACUGGAAAAGGACUACAUUAAGGCAAUUAAACACACAACUACGGUCAAGCCUUUUCAUGUAUUAGGAACCCUUGUAGAAGAUUUGAUAAAAAAGGAUCUUAAAGAGGGUUAUCUAGUGGAAAAACCCACGGUACCUCUAGCCGAACACAAAGCUGAGUUAAAACCCGAAUCUCGGGCCAAGCAAAGUCAAAAGCGGAGACGGAAACGCAUUCGCCGCAGGAGGAAACGAAUUCGCCGACGCCGGAAACGCACACGUCGCCGCCGCCGGAAGAAGCGGAAGAAGAGGCGAAAGAAGCGCAAGAGGAAGAAGCACAAGGGUGACAAGGGCGACAAGAAGAAGAAAAGGAAGAAGAAAGGCAAGCGGAAAAAGCGAAAGAAGCAGCAAAAGCCGGAAGAACACGAGCAGCACUCCAUUUUCCAGCCCGGUCAAGUGAUCUUCGCCAAUCCCACAAAACCACCUUAUUACCAUCAUCCCCAUGGAUAUCCCUAUCACCCGGCUAACCAGAUGCCAGUUCAAACCAUACCCACAGCCUUACUGGCCGCCUUGACCACCACCACCACCACCAAAAAACCAAAAACUACCACCCCCACCUUUCGCCCCUUGAGCAAGAUCAAGUAUCUUCUGAGGCACAACAGCAUCUUUAAGAAAAAGAAAAAGGAGUACAUGAGCCACGUUGGUCAGGUGUUGUAUCCGUUUGUGAAAUUCGUGGCCUUCUUUACGGUCCUCAAUCCCUUCACACUGGGUGUGUUUCUCUUCACCCUGAUCUCUCCAGCCGUUUUCGGAUUCCUGGGCUUUGUGGCCCUAAGUGUGUUGGUCAAGCCCUUCCUGCAUCUGGUGUUUGGGGUCAAGCGGAAUGUUAACGCCUUCGAACACAAAAGGUGGCUGGCCCACAAACAGGAGGAGAAACUGAGGCUGGCCCUGCGACCAGUCACCAUCCACAAGCACUUCUACCAACAGAAUCCUGUGCGUCCAGUGGGUCACUGGCGAAGAGAGGGAGGUAACCCCGGGCAUCAAACGCCCCCCCUGCAACCACCACUCCUUAGACCGCCACCCCUAAGACCACCAUCUCGGCGACCACCCCUGGAACCACCCCCAAGAUAUCGCUACAAUCCUUUGCUGCCUGAUGAUCGUAAGGCUCUUAAGACCGAUAGUUCGGAACAGCCCGGCAUCUUUCUGUAA